UCUCUGUUUUCGGAGAAAAGAGGUUUCGGAAAUAAUAGCAAUUUGUUAAUUCCUCUGUCAAAAAGCUGCUGCAAAUCAUUUGAAAGUUAUGGGUAUUCAAGAAAUGGAUCCUCUUUCACAAUUGAGUUUGCCACCGGGUUUUCGGUUUUACCCGACCGAUGAAGAGCUCAUGGUGCAAUACUUAUGCAGGAAAAUAGCUGGCCACCAUUUUUCCUUGCAAAUCAUUGGAGAUAUUGAUUUGUAUAAAUUUGAUCCAUGGGAUCUUCCCAGAAAAGCUAUCUUCGGAGAAAAAGAAUGGUACUUUUUCAGUCCCAGAGACAGAAAGUACCCAAAUGGAUCGAGGCCAAAUAGAGUGGCGGGUUCUGGAUAUUGGAAAGCCACGGGCACUGAUAAGGUUAUUACUUCAGAAGGAAGGAAAGUUGGUAUCAAAAAAGCCCUCGUGUUUUACGUAGGAAAAGCACCUAAAGGAACCAAAACCAAUUGGAUUAUGCAUGAAUAUAGACUCUUUGAAUCCCCAAGGAAAAAUGGAAGCACAAGGUUGGAUGAAUGGGUUUUGUGUCGAAUUUACAAGAAGAAUUCAAGUGGACAGAAGCCAGCAGAUUCUGGCAUGCUGCAGAGCAAAGAGUAUAGCCAUGGUUCAUCGUCGUCAUCUUCAUCACAGUACGACGACGUUUUGCAGGCUUUACCAGAUAUUGAUGACCGCUUUUUCUCUCUUCCAAGAAUUAAUUCAUUGAGGACAUUUCAACAAGAGGAUCAAAAGGUCAAUCUUCAAAAGUUGGGCUCUGGGAAUUUUGACUGGGCCAAUCCAGCUAAUCUUAACUCGUUGCUUGAACCUGGUCAAGCUCAGCCGAGUCAGACUCAUGGACAAGUCAACAACCUUAAGAUGGAGGACAUCCAUGGUCAAAAUGACAUGUAUGCCCCUGCUGUGCCACAGGCUGGUCAUUUUUUCAUUGGGGAUGAUGAAGUAGAGAGUGGAAUCAGAACUCAGCGAGUCGACAAUAACUCUGGGUUCUUUCCACAGAAUGCUAAUGCAUACGCUCAGAGAUUCUCCAACUCGCUCGACCCGUUCGGGAUUCGGCACCCGACCCUCACGGGAAAUUUGGGGUUUAGGCAGUGAAAUGUGAAACUUAUGAAGAGUAGGGGUGAAUUUGUAUAGGAAUGAUAUUUCUGGGGUUAAUUUUGUAAAUACAUGGAAUUCUUUGGGCUAACAUUUUGGCUUUAGAUUUCCUGUGAAAGUAGUGCUGCAAGGGAACCUUGUGAUGGAAGUGAUUCAUUGGUUGGUUUAGCCUUUAGAGUAGGGUGUGGGGUUGGGUUGGUUGGUUUAGCCUUUAGAGUAGGGUGUGGGGUUGGGUUAGGGCAUCCAUCUAAAAGGACAAAAUUACCCCCUUGUGCUUGUUGGGUACAUUUUCAUAUUUUAUUGAACUCUUGAAGAGUAUCUCAUGAAUUAAGAAAUUUAAGUAGGUUGGGCAUUAAAAUU